AUGUUGUUCUCCACCUACCGACCAUCUCCGGCUCCUACCGCAGAUCCUCCCCAUCACGAUCGCGAGUAUGCUGCUGCAAACUUUCACAGCCAUCACCAGCAUCCCUCCCACUCCAAUUUGACCGCACCGAGCUCCUCUGCUGUGCCCUUUGGUGCGGCGGGUACCUGCCAUGAUCGAUUCGAGCACAAGGGCCAGACCGUCGACGCCUCACACGUAGAGAGUCGCCUCUUUGCCAACGCUCUCGUUCGCGACUGCUCCGUCAUUGGAGUUUCUCAAUCAGCCGGCGUCGUCCUCACACUGACACCAGGCCAGCUACCCCUUGCCGGCACAGCUCCGAUUGGCUUCGUGGCGCUCAGCUCUUCCGGCAGGGAGCGUUCGGCACAGGGUGGUGACAAGGAGUCUAAGCGUAUGAAGGCCGAGCUCGUUAAGUGGAUCGUUGACUUUGCUCCUCCGUUCAAACAAAUGAAAGGCAAACUCAUUUUUGUCGAGUCAAUCCCCCGUGGUCCCACUGGGUCGGUGGUGAGGCACUUGCUCAUCGACAAGGCCAUUUCACCUCCUGCUCCAGCUCCCGAUAAGGGCUUCUUCAGCACGGUUCUCUCCGAGCCUUCUACUCCAGCUGGGCCCAGUAGGUCAGCUAGCGUUGCAGGAGACGCCAGCCAGACAGCGAAUCCUCCCAAAAAGGCUGUUCGAGACUCGAAGCGUAGGGCCACGCAUAGCCAGAUCGAGCGCCGCAGAAGGGAGAAGAUCAACGAUAGGCUCGUCACACUGCGCUCCAUCGUGCCCGCCUGCGCAAAGGAACUUGAGGACCGUCGCCGACAGAGGCAGGAGCAAGAGGACGAGGCGGCUCGCAUCGCUGCCGGUGGAGCACCAAAGACGUACAUUGAUGAGGCCACGGGCAAGCCAAAGCGAAAGAGAAACCGUAAGAAGCCCGAUAGCAAGAAGGCAGCACGAGCAGACAAGGAGGAGGAACUCGGUCUGCACAAGCUCGAGGUGCUCACUCACGCCAUCAACUACAUCUUUGAUCUCAAAGCUUACAUUCACAAGCUCGAGACGGGCUCGGAUCCCGAGCAUAUCCCAACCGCAGACAAUCCGUUUGGUGUGCGCAACGAGGAUGGGACGUACCGUCAAGAUGCAAAAAUCGCGGACGAUCCAGGAUGCGGUCUUCAGCCUCGCUCGCUUGCGUCGGAUGGCGUUCAAGUGAAUGCAAGGCGCACAGAAAUCAAGCCAGUACCAGGCAAACACGAAAGCAGCGACGAGGAGGACUCCGAAGAGGAAGAGGAAGAGGACCAAAUCGAGGAUGACGUCGCAGAGGGGGAUGACGAAGAAGAAGGAGAAGCGGAAGCUGCGGCUGACAUCGAAGACGACAACGAGGAAUACGACGACGAGCCACUCGAGCGCCGUUCCAAAAAGCACAUGACUCAUGCCGCCUUCCGCCCGCACGACUCUAGUGCUGUUGCUCAGUCGCAUCCGUCUCUCACAAAGUCAGAGUCGUUCGUCGUGCCGGGCCGAUAUGUUCGCACCGACACCGCCUACUCUUCCUCCUCUAGCAGAGAGAGCGCAGAGGUGUCUCCCGUGUUUUCGUUGAUCCAGCAAAGCCCGAGCACCAUCUCACCUUCCACCACUGUCGCCUCUCCAAUGAUGAGUCUCUCCGCCGAAUCGCCCAUCUUGCUCCCCGACCCGGCUAUUAGUGUGUCCAAGCGCGGCGGCUUCACGGCAUCAAAGGUCUCGCAAAGUCCCGGCUUCUCGUCGCUGCCCGCUUCUGCUAUGCCUUUGCCCUCGGAUCAACCGGCUAGACGCGAAUCGAGCAGUUUCCUGUUCAAACAACUCAGUUUGGCCUCGCCUAACUUUGUAGCCUUUAAUCCUUCUGGUCUUUCAACGUCUUCGGCAUCUGCAGCAGUGGCAGCAGCGGGCAACGCACGAGCAAGGUCGUCGACGCUUUCCUUUCCGAGCACCUACGGGGAGGAAUCAGAGAUGCGCGAGACAGGUGGUAGCACCAGCGCCAACUCACACAAGACGCCUGGCCUUUCGGACCGAGACACGGCUGCGGGUGUAGCUUCAACAGCUGAUCCAUCCGACGCGUCGGCAGCUGCACUCUUGCUCAAUUUUUCUACCUCACCGGAAGUGCUUCGACCCAUCGGUGGCAGGAGUAGCAGUAGCAGCCGAGCGGCAGCAGGACAUCGCGCUGCCAGCAAUGCGAGCUCGCCUCAUACGCGGCCAACUAUUGGGUUGCCGCACACCAAGAGCCGAUCCACCUUCUCCUCCCCAAAGUAUCGACCGGCACUGCACCAGGCCUCCGCUGCGUCGUCUUCCAUCUACUCUUCCAAGCUCGGCUCGGCUGCCACGUCGACAACCAAGGUCGAGCCCGAACCCGUCGACGAGCCGGAACCGCUCGAGUUGGCUUCGCCGCCACACUUGGCUUUGGAUAGCUCGUCGGGCGAGAAUGAGGUGGAGCAGGACCAGCUUUCAGAUAAGACAGUUGACGAGCUGCCUGUGCCAGUAAAGGUGGGGCCCCUGGGUGACGACAUGGACACUGCUGCAUAA